AUGAUAUUUCUAAAAUCAGUUAUCAAAGUGAUCGAUAAUUCAGGUGCGCAAUUAGCAGAAUGUAUUAAAGUGAUAAGGAAAGGUUCUCCUAAGAGUCCAGCAAUGGUUGGAGACAGAAUAGUCUGUGUUAUCCAGAAAGCAAAACCCUUGACUCAAAACAUUACGGGAACGGCCAAUACCAAUCGUGUUAAAAAAGGUGAUAUUUGUCACGCAAUUGUCGUAAGAUCUAAACAGCGUAAUAUGUGUAGAAAGGAUGGCUCUACGGUUGCAUUUGGAGACACUGCAUGCGUUUUGAUUAAUAAGAAUACUGGUGAACCCCUGGGGACAAGAAUUAUGGCUAAUGAUGGCUGUGUAGAUAGAACACUGAAGGACAAGGGAUACAAUAAGAUAUGCUCUUUAGCAAGUAGGGUCAUAUAA